CAUUUCAGCGCGUUCCAUCAUGUCCGUGCGCCGCAAUGUCCGCAUGCGCCGAGAGUACUUGUACCGCAAGGGUCUCGAAGGCCAAGAACGCGCGCAGUACGAGCGCAAGGUCCAGUUGAAGAAGGCCAUCGAGAGCGGCAAGUCCAUCCCCACUGAACUCCGCGGCGUCGAAGACAAGUUGCGCGCCGAAUUGGCCUACGACGACGACAAACACAUCGUCCCCAAGUCGCACAUUGACGACGAGUACCAGAAUGCAGGCAUGUUCGACCCUAAGAUCGCCGUCACGACGUCCCGUGAUCCCAGCGCACGACUCAAGAAGUUUGCCCAGGAAGCGCGGCUCAUCUUUCCCAACGCAAUCCGGCUCAACCGCGGCGCGCAUACCGUCGGUGAUCUCGUCGACUCGGCGCGCGCCAACGAAUUCACGGACCUUCUCAUAAUCACGGAAACUCGUGGCGAGCCAGAUGGGUUGGUGGUCUGCCACUUGCCAUACGGCCCCACGGCGUACUUUUCGCUGCAGAACGUCGUGAUGCGCCACGACAUUGAAGACCGCGCGACCAUUUCCGAAGCAUACCCGCACAUCAUCCUCAACCAAUUCGAAACGACCUUGGGCCAACGCGUAGGCAACAUCCUCAAGCACUUGUUUCCCGUGCCAAAGCCCGACUCGAAGCGCGUGAUUACGUUCUCCAACAACAACGACUUCCUCUCGUUUCGCCAUCACGUGUUCAAGCAGACUGGCCGCAACGUCGAUCUGUUGGAGUGCGGACCUCGCUUUGAGCUGCAGCUGUACCAGAUCAAGCUGGGCACGUUCGACCAAAAGGAAGCCGAGAACGAAUGGGUACUCCGCCCGUACAUGAACACAGCCAAGAAGCGCAAGGUCAUAUAAGCAUGCACCCUUCGCCCCACAAGCAGUAGCAGUAGCAGUAGCCCCACCCACCUCCAUCUAGCAUGCACAAAUCCAACCUAUCAAGUA